UCAUCUUCUCCUUCCAUUUUGUCUUUCUUCACAAUCACUGUACUUUCAUUUCACAAAAAAAAAAAUCAAUCAAUAACCCAUUUUUGUUUUCUUCCGCAUCUUUCUUUAUUAUCCAAGCUUGCAAUGCGUGCCAAGUCCAAGUCAAUUAAUUAAACCCGCAAUUCCAAGUCCUUUUCACCAAAAAACCCGUUUCGUUUCUUAUUCCUGUUUGGCUCUCUCUCUUUCUUUUUAAAUGCCAUUUCACGAGUUCUCUCUCAUCUCUCUGCCACUUCUUCCAUAAUAAUACGAGUCACUAUUUUUGAAAUGAGUCAACUCGGUUUAUUAUUACAGGAACCGGUCACUACCACGACUCAAACAACCGAGUCAAGAACGAUUCUCGGUUUGUUAAGAGAAGAACAAAUGGACGGUCUUGAUGAUUUGCCUCGUAGAAGAAGACGUAGCUUCAAGGAACGGUUAGGAUUUAUCGGUUUUGGUUGUUGUGGAACCACAUGGGGAUUCCGUUCUUCUUCUUCUUCUUCAUCUCAGAAUAUUCAGCAACAAAUUCCGGACAUGGAUAUGGAUACGGAUCCGGGUCAGGAUCCGAAUAGGUGUGUGGGUUUAACGGCUCCGACGAGUUCGGGUUCAAGUUCGAGUAUGAAUCUUGCGGCGGCGUUGGCGGCGGAGAGACAACUCCGAGGAGUAGGACAAGCGGCGGAAACGAACGUUGUUGGAGUAGGGAGGAUGCCGGGGACGCCAUGGAGAGUGUCGUUGAUGCGGUUGUUGGAGGAAACGGAAAAUGGAGACACGGCGGCGGUAGUGUCUAAGGUGGCGGAGGAGAAAGUUUGUAGUGUGGCGGGGAAUGAUUCAGUGUGUUGCGUGUGCAUGGGGAGGAAUAAAGGUGCGGCGUUUAUUCCAUGUGGACAUACUUUUUGCAGGGUAUGUUCUAGGGAGCUGUGGCUUAAUAGAGGGUCUUGUCCUCUUUGUAAUCGUUCAAUUCUUGAGAUUCUUGAUAUUUUUUAGAAAUUUCUAAGAUAAAGUGUCAGAUUGAAGAACAAGAAUGAGAUGAUGAAUGAUAUUUUUUACAUGUAAUAUGAUUGUUAUGAAUUUCAUUUUACUAUGUCUAGUAUUACAUCAAAUAUGUCCAAAUCACGGUAAAUUUAAUUAUUUUACAAAAGCUACACUAUAUUGUUCACCGUGAUUUUGGUUCAUGUAUAUUUGUAGUUGUUUCAAAUGAUUUACUAUCAAUUUA